UCAGUACUAUGAUUGUCAAAUUACGUCGCAUUGUAGCAAAAAUUUAUUGACUCGAAUUUUGGAAUGUAUAAAACAUAACUUAAUUUCAUAUUUAGUAUUAUAUAGUUAGCUAACUAUACUGAAUUUAUAACAUUAUAUACAUGUUAUUUUAUUAAUCCUGCUGAUUCGUAUUUAUAUUAUAUUAUCCGAAAGAUUUCAUAGCUAUAAAUUCACAUACAUUAACAAAAAUCAUGGUGAGAGUAUAUUCUUUAGCGAUCCUAUACAAGGGGGUGAAUAGUGCGACAACUCUUAAGGCAGCAUACGACCUACAAAGUUUUAGUUUCUUCCAAAGGACCUCCGUCCAAGAGUUUAUGAGUUUUGUCAGCAAAACUAUGGUUGAAAGGACACAGCCUGCUUCUAGACAGUCAGUAAAAGAAGGUGAGUAUAUGGUGCAAGUGUAUGUCAGAGCUGACAACUUAGCAGGAAUACUCAUAUCCGAUCACGAGUAUCCAAACAGGGUUGCUCACACUUUAAUCACAAAAUUACUUGAUGAAUUCUCCGCUAAAGUGCCAGUUGAUACAUGGGCUACGGCAAAUGAAACUACAGUAGAUUUUCCAGUUUUACCACAAUAUUUAGCAAAAUAUCAAAAUCCAAGGGAAGCUGAUGCUCUGACGAAAAUACAGAAUGAUUUGGAUGAGACAAAAAUCAUUCUUCAUGAUACAAUUAAAGCUGUUUUAGAGAGAGGAGAAAAACUGGAUGAUUUAGUAGCUAAAUCUGACGAUCUCUCCAUGCACAGUAAGGCAUUUUACAAGACGGCCCGCAAAACAAAUAGUUGCUGUAACUUUUGAGAUGCAACUGUUACAGACUUAGCAGUAACUGUGUAGUUAAUAUGUUUGUGCUUUGUGAACCAGUUUCCAUGUUGUAAAAUGUAUUUAAUUGUUACUCUUUAAUGAUUGUUGACAUGUAGCUAAAAGGAAGCAGUAAUUUAGGAAGUUUUUACACACAGGAACACCUUAAAAAAAAUUUCAAUAGCCCCUUAGUGUAAUUUUAAAUUAAAUUAAAUAAAAAAAACCAGAUGUCAAAUUAAUAUUUUGUGUGAAUGCUUUUUUUAUGAACAAAAUAUACCUGUAGUAGUAUUUUUAAACACAUGAAAAAUCUACAUAAUAUAUAUUUACCUAUAUAUAUGGAUAUAUAUUUAUAUAUAUGUGUAUAUAAAUGGUAAGUAUGAUAAAGAAACAUUGAUUUUUAAAAUAUUUUUUUGUUAGAAGUAUAUUAUCUUAUUAUGUGCGGCUAGUAUUUUUCUUGUCAGCAAUCAUUACUUGGAUAUAAGCUUUUGCUUAAUGUAAUAUGUACUAUAAAUGUAUGUUAUAUUAAUAAAAUCUGUUUAUUUUAUGAUAAUAGUUAGUGUUAAGGUACUUUAAAAUACUUGUGCCUAUUAUGUUCUGUCAUAAAAUAUAUUGGUAUUCGUCAUUUAGUUAUGUUUAUUACCUUAAUGUAUUUAUUGGCAUCCGUCUAAAUUCUGCAUAUUAUAGAUUUUCAUACAAUUUUUUUUAAUAUUUAUCAUUUUCGUCUAAUUUUACCAAAAUAUGGUAUGAUAAAAUUAAAAAAAAAUUCAAGUCACACGUAUUUAUAUUUUAUCUGUAAUAGCAUUCUACUUAAUAUUAAUCCAAUUAAAACUAUCUCAAAUACCAACCUAAUAUCUAAAUUCAUAUUUGUCUGACAAUAAGAUUGUUUGAGAUAAAUUUAUUUCACACAUAAUUUAAGAAUGUAAAGGUCAUUCCAAAUUAUUGUGGUGUAAUGUUUGGAUCACGUUUGAACCUGUAAUGGUAUGUUUGUAUGUCUUUUUGAUAAUAAAGGCCAAUCAAAACGCUACUUUAUAUCUUAACCAACUUCAAAAAGGAGGAGUCUUCUCGAUUCGACCGUAUAUAUAUGCUUUUCUAUUGGUUGUUCAGUUAAUAUAUGUAGUAAAAUCCAUGUUGCUCAGAUUGAUUUAAGCAUGGUUGUGUAUUUUGAAUAUAAUAAAAAAAGGCGAUCUAUUUAAAUUGUCAAGCAAUCUACUUAUUUACGGCCUUUAUUAACAACCACCAUCGCAAUAUCUAUCGCCAUUUUGAAAGUAGAGAACACAAGAAUAGUGACGAUUACAACAAAAAUCUAAUUGUCUGAUCAGUAGAGUGCAUAUAUAUAUAAUUGUGAGAAAUAAAUGUUUUCCAAUAAGAUAUGUUAUAAAUGGUCCAGGAAAUAUGUAGUCUUGAUUGUAUUUUAUGUAAAGUUGGUUUUUGUCAUAGCGCAAGUCUUAGAUUCUUUUGGGACUGUAGGUAGUUGCUAGUUAAAGUAUAUUAUAAUGGUAUUUACAGUAUGUUAUGUAAACAGAGACUGUUAACUGUGACAUUGUGUUUAAUAAAUGUUUAUACAUGUAUGGA